AAGAAGCAGAAGACUUGAUAAUGGAGAAGGGGAAAAACGGAUCCUUUCUCGUACGGGAAUCGCAGGCGCACCCGGGCGAGUACGUCUUGUCGGUGCGCGUGCGCGGGCGCGUCAGCCACGUCCUCAUUAGGAGACAGGUUUUACGUUUUCCCUGGAUUGACCCUGGCAUUUCGAACUGAAGAAAACAGUUGCCUCUCACGACGAGUCCGAAGUAUUGCCUCGUGCUAGCGGGUCUCAACGCGUUUCUACCUGAAGUGGAACCUGAGUGUGACGUUACUGCGAUAGUGUGUACCCGGCAUAAGGAAGAAGAUUACGAACAUUAUUGGACAAGAUGUAAACCGUGACUAAGAAAAGGCCUACGUGUGUGACGUCACAAUUUAAUAUGGCUUGCCAUGAAUGGGAAUGAGUGAAUGUCUGUCUGUUUAUUAAGUUUAGAAUAUUUGUACCAGUCGCCGGUUUCACGCUUAAAUAAUAAAAAAUAUUCUGUUCCGAUUCCACAACCGGCUGCAUGUCUGACAUCAGCCUUCUUUGAGAAUGCUGACUAUUAAUUUGCCAUAAAUUUAUAUAUUUCAUGGCGUGGCCCUUAUAGUAUUCACUCACACACAAUGAAUUAGCUAUUUGUCGUAAUUUCUAAAGCAACUCUCACUUCAAUCAUAUGCAUAUUUUCUUCAAAUUAAUAACAAUAAAUCGAAUGCGCCUGUCAAAAUGAAAUAUUUUAUUCAGAGCAAAUAAUGAACGAAAUAUAUUUUUAUUUAUACUUAUCUUAAAAAAAACCAAAGAAAUUGAAAUAAAAAAUAAUCAUUGUUCGUUUGAUUUUACAAUUUGAUUUUCAUAUGCGCGUGGUCUGAAGGCAUUUCUUGAAAUUCUAUGAAAUUAUGCUUGGGAUUUGGUGAACAUUCCUAAAGAAUUGUGAAAGUUGGAAUUAGAUUUUGUGAAAGCAAAAUAAGCGAGUUACGAUGUUUUACGAAAGGCCCUCAACCUUAUAGUGUGGUAUAGGUUUUACCCCAAAUUCUAUGGCUUUGCAUAUCAAAAUUUGUGAAAAAACAUAUUAUCGUAAAACACUUUCGUAUUUUAUAUCUUUUACAACAGUUUUGAUCUAGUUUGGGAAUAAGUGAAAUAAUUUUUAAACCGCUUAGUUUUAAGGUACUUACUUAAAUGUAACUUCUCUGUAGGUAGGUGGUCGGAGUCUGUCGGACGGACAGAGUCCCCAUGACACAGGAGUGACCUAGUUUAAAUUCUUUGUUGACAGUCCGAAAGGAAUCCCGAUUCCUUCUCUCACUUAAGACCCAUAAUUCUACUAUUAUAUGUUAAGUUACUAUGUAUCAAAACAAGUACGAUGUGGGCAGUGGGGAGCAGUUUGACGACCUGGUCGGGCUGAUCGAGCACUUCCGAUCGUACCCGAUGAUCGAGACCUCGGGAGAUGUGUUGAGACUGUUGCAGCCGGUCAGCGGCACGAAGCUCAAGGUGAACGAUAUAGACAAGAAAGUCCAGGAAAUGCAGGAUAUGGAAGACCAGCAGCGCCUGGACAGCAGGACGGGCUUCGACGGGGAGUUCCAGAACCUGAACAUGCUGGAGGACCGACACCAGUUCACCGUCAGCGAGGGCGCCAAAUCCGAGAACUCCUCCAAGAACAGAUACAGGAAUAUAUUACCAUACGACCAGACUCGCGUGAUCCUCAGAAGUCGCGAUAAUCGAACCGAACCAGAUUACAUCAACGCAAACUACAUCAGGACAUCCAGACUAUGUGACUCCACCAGCUCUGUGCAGUCUUCAAACGAAAGCUUGGAUAGUGUUAACUCCCUAAUAAAAAGAUGCGAGGCGAAGAAACCCACACCUCUGGUGUCCAAAUCCUUGUCAGACGACGCACUGCGGGAGGCCAAAAUGUGCUUCAGGUUGGAUAAGAUCAACGGGAAUCUGUGCAGAGAUGCUGUGAAAGACAAAGUGUACAUAGCAGCGCAGGGCUGCCUCCCGAAUACGAGGGACGACUUCUGGCGGAUGAUCUGGCAAGAGGACGUCAGGAUCAUCGCCAUGAUCACCAACGAAUAUGAAAAUGGAAAGAGAAAAUGCGAGCGCUACUGGCCGCUGUCUGGGCACGAGGAGCGGUACUCGGGGCUGAUGGUGAGGUCCAUAUCGGAGACGCAUUACGAGGACUAUCUGGUCAGGGAGUUCGAUGUCCGCGACGAGAAGGACUGCUGUCGGACCGUCUGCCAGUAUCAGUUCACGGCUUGGCCAGACCACGGGACACCGUCAGAAUCUGACGGCGUGCUCAACUUCGUGGCCGACAUCAACCGGCGCAUGUGCCAGAUCAUGCAGAGCAAAGACGCGCCAGAACAGAAUAUCCUCUGCGUCCAUUGCUCAGCCGGCGUGGGGCGCACCGGCACGUUCAUAGUUCUCGAUAUGCUCAUAGACAAGAUCAAGUCGUCAGGUUUCAACUGCGAUAUAGACGUGCACAGCACAGUCAAGUUGGUGCGUGCUCAGAGGAGAGGCAUGGUGCAGAACAAGACUCAGUACCGGUUCAUAUACCUGGCGUUGCAGGAUUAUAUCGACAACAAGAAAAUCAAUUUGAAAAAGAAGGUAUAUACUUCGGAAGCGUAGCGAGCCCAGUGUUGAACCAAGUGAUUUAUUUAUGGACAAAUUAUUUUUAAAUAAGAAAGUAAAAAUAAAUAUAAAUAUUGUUGAACAAAUACUUACUAGUGUGACGCUUCAUGAGCGUUUAUUACACAGUCAUAUAAUUAGUUUUAAGGUUAUAAAAAUAAAUCGUUAUUAUUUUUAAUAA